GUUUGAAACCUUUCAAAGUUCGAACUUUUUUAAAGAAAGGCUGAAUUCAGUCAACUUUCAGUUAUUUUGGCUCCUCUUAUCUGUUAAAGAUGAGGAUAAAACCCUUGCUCCCAUCCCAUCGACACGUGGAUCAACGCCAAUCUUGAAAAAGCGAUUCAGAAAUCUAACACGCAUUAUCCAGAAGCCGACGAUUCGAUUCGAUUCGAUUCACGAAAGCAGAGCAGAAUGAUAAGUCAUGUAAAAGGUCUAUUUCCACGGCCGCUAUCACCGCCUGUUGCGGCGCAUCCAAAUUGGAACAGCGCCGUCGUCCGAUUCGCCGCUCCGCUCGCCCUAACCAGAGCCAGUUGCCGGAUCGCAACGACCGCGGCGGCAAUAUUGGCAGCCGCGGUGGUGAUCGCUUCGCCGGCGCCGUCGGCCGCAACUGAGAACAGCAGCAGCAGCAGCAUAUCUGAACAAGAAGCAGAGACUACGCUGUCGAACAUUCCGCAGACGCUUUCCGGCGAGUGCGCGGUGCCGAGCGACUGCAAGAGGGCGAGAAUUCAGCGGCCGAAGUCGAGGAAGGCAGAGUCGUGCACGAUCAAGUGCGUGGGCACCUGCAUUCGAGGCGGCGAAGGAUCUCCCGGAGAAGGGCCAUUGAACAUCAGGAGACCAAUUGUUGUUUUCAAGCAAGGGUUUCGAAGUCGUCAAUAUUGGUGAUUUGGUGGAGUGUUCAGAUAUCUGCAAUUUGAUGGGCGACGGUGACGAUGGACCUUGAGAACAUUUUUUGUUUGUUGCCACAUAUUAUUUAUGCUUUAUAAUUACUUCAAUUACAACCUUAAAUUCAUCUUUUUCCUAUUUAAAAUCAUUCUUUUUCCAUUUAAAAA